ACGAAGUUUAUCGUCAUGAGUUAAGUCCCCUCUUUAAAAUGGCGACGUCCGCGGGAUACAAAGAGUAGAGAACAAGAGAAGAGACAAGUUGUAGAAGCUGACAUUAUUCAGACACCCAAUCGAUAUUCCUGGAUAACUUACAAUGGCAAGCACUUCAGGGGACAAGUCGGAUGACAAGGCAGGCUCCAGCUAUGAAAUCUCUGGAUGUUACUGUGGGGAGAAGCGUAAACUUGGGACACCAGAGUUUCAGUGCAUCAACUGUGGCACUUGGUUCCAUGGGAGCUGUGUCAAUGCUGAGCCGGGGAAAUGUCUCCCUUUCAUGAUCAGCUACCAGUUCCAUUGUAAACGUUGUAGUGGAAUUGGCCAUGAGAUGUUCUCCAAACGCCAAGCAACUUUCAUCCAGAUCUGUCAGAUGACGCUUGCUAACCUGUUGCACAAUUCUCGCUCCGACGGAACUAAUACCACCAUGUUCUCCAAGGAACGGGAUAUUAUUCCCUUCAUUGACAAACAUUGGGAGAGUCUGACCACCAUGCAACGUCGAGUGAAGCUCACCUGGCAUACAACCAUCUACAAAACAAUGACCAAGGAAACGGACAUCUUCACUUGUCAAGAAGAGACUCCAGGAGAUGCAUAUUUCGGUUUGGUCAACCAGGACCUGUCUAAGAUUGGGCCAGUGUCAGAUGCGGCCAGAAUGGCCAACAUACCGUCCCAAGGGUUGAAAGCUCCUCUACUUCCCACAGAGACUGGUCCAGGAAAACGCACUAGCAAGAGGAAAGCACCACCUGACAACCAACAGACCACUGCACUGAAGCAAAAACGCAAACGUUAUCAUCAUUCCCUCCGCAGUGACAGUAGCACCUCCCUCAAGCUGCCCGCUCACGGGUACCCCUUGGAGCACCCGUUCAACAAAGAUGGUUAUCGCUACAUCCUGGCCGAGACAGACCCGCACGCCCCAAACAGACAGGCUUUUGAUGAGAGUGUGGAGUGGGCUGGCAAGCCUAUACCUGGCUACCUCUACCGUUGUAUGCAGGGACAGGAUGUGCUUUUGGCUCUACAUGACAGAGCCCCACAACUGAAGGUGUCUGAUGACCGCUUGACAGUGACCGGGGAAAAAGGCUACAGUAUGAUCAGGGCAUCUCAUGGUGUCAACUAUGGCAACUGGUACUUUGAAGUACGUGUGGAUGAGAUGGUCAACGAAGCAGCCACCAGACUCGGCUGGUCACUUUCAUUAGGAAAUCUACAGGCUCCAUGUGGUUACGACAAGUUCAGUUACUCGUGGCGCUCUCGCAAGGGUACAGCCUUUCACCAGUCUAAGGGACAUCACUACCAUGAUGGAGGCUAUGGACAGGGGGACGUUCUCGGCCUCUACAUCAGCCUCCCAAAACCUGAUGAUGCUACCAUGUUGCUGCCGCAGACCUUCAAAGACAGACCUCUGGUCAAGUUCAAGAGCCACCUGUACUUCGAGGACAAGGACAACGUGAGCGACACAGAGAAGGCGCUCCGGCCGGCCCCGAACAGCAAGGUAACAGCAAACUUUGGACCUAAAUUCCGGUAUCCCCCAAAAGGUGUCGACUACAAGCCAAUUUCAGCGGCUGCAGAGCAAGCCCAUGUGGAAUACGCCUUGGCAGACAUUAUGUAUCACGUAGAGAAUGAAGACAAUAUACCAGACUUCCUAUGAUGAGAUUUACCUAGGAAUCUUGCUGUUUUCAUGAUAUCAGAGACUGAAUGGCAAUCAAUGACAGAGAAUUCACGAUGUACACAUGUGACCAUUUAUUCUUCAUAAGCCUUCCUUUGUCACUAGUGUUUUUCAUUAGUAUAUUUCACUGUGGAUGUGGCAUUUUUCAUAUUCUCUUCCUAUUUACACUUGUAUCCUUACAUGAAUUCAUAAGCCUUUGGUAUGAUAUGGAAAACAGUCGCUAUUGUCUUAUACUCAUUUUUGUGUUCGCGUGAUUAGCCCUUUUGGCCCCUGUGCCCUCGAGCCUACAGGACCUGAGUUGUGCGUUUUGUGCACAGAAGGGUAAAGUUAUUCACCCUCAAGUGUGUGCUUGGGACUUGACCUAUUGGGUUAAUGAUAAUCACUACCUCUUUCUUCUCUAUGUUUUUGUUUGUUUGGGUUUUCUUUAGUUCAAAAUGUGUUCUUUUUUAUCGGUCAUUAGUUUUUGUGUUGUGCAUGUAUAAAUAUUGGAUUGGCAACAACUCAGAAUUCAAAUAAAGUCUUAAAUCUAUUAAAUGUCCCAGAAAGAAAGGAAAAGAUUAUGAGGCUCAAACUCAUUCCAUGACCUUUUUUUGAUUUGUAGAAAUUAUAACUUAUAAGGAUAUGUGUGAACAAAAAUGUAAACUUUUCCUCAAAAUGUUGCUUUUUUUAAUGCGAUAAUAUCACCUUUUGUGAAGGACUUUUACUACCCUGUUGUUGCCUUUAACGGGGAGACACCACAGCAUCUUUGGUGUAUUUGUAAAAGCCUUCACUUUACACUCAAAAGACAAUUAUGAUUUCCACAUGGGGAAUUAUAUGUAUGUUAUCAGAAAUCUUUGUCCUUCUUCUGGGACGUAUUCCUCGGAGGGUUAGCCCCGACAAGCAGGGUGAAAGCAGCCUGGCCUCCUGAAGUGUUGGCUUAACUGUGUUCACAAAGGCAUAAGACACUUAUUACUUAUAACAAAGUUUUUAUACAAACUUUUUAUCUUAUUUCUUACCUUGCAGCGAAAUGAGUGUAACCUUGUUCAAUUGGAAAUGUCUCUGCAUAUUUCACACAAUUUUUAUAGAAUUUUCAUCUUGUUUACACUUUUCCAGAGGUAUACCCACUGGUAACAAGACUGUUCUAGUUGUAAUGUCAAAUUCAAGUCUGGUUUUGACGUGUUGCAGAUCAUCAUUUGUACUUUUGAUAGAUUAUUGUCUUGUUUAUUGUUGUGUUUAUUAUAGUGCAUUGUUCAUGUGUAAUCUGGAUGCUUGUGAAAAACAACAACCUCUUUCAUCAGAGGAUUUGAUCAUUGUGACUGUACCAACUUUCAUAUGAUUCACUGAUAUUAAAGUCAAUGCUUUUUAAAGUUUAUUUUGAGAAAAAGCCCCACCUUAAACGUUCUCUUUGGAUUUGGUGAAUAAAAAUCUUCUACUCUUUAUAUAUUGGA